CGACGACGACGGCGACGACGGCGGCGGCGGCGGCGGCGGUAACGACAGCACAUCCGUCCGUCCGUCUGUCCAGUGGUGACGUCGUGUGUGCUGGUCGCGUGUGCGCACGUGUGACGCCGCCAAUGGAUACUCGACGAGGUGGCUGAUCGAAAACCCGAGGGGACGUUCUCGGCGCCGUUUGGGCUCGCCGAAACGGAGCGCGCUGCUGCUCGGUGCGAAGAAACGCAGUGAUACGCGGAUACUCACGGUCGCCGAGGGGUGCCAGGGAAGGACUCGCGAAUGGACGAGACGGGUCCGUUCAAUUUCGAUCCCUCUCGUGAUUCAUCGCGGUGCGCUGCGAGGACUCCGGAGAGUGGUGGCUUCGUAUAAGGUGAGAAAUCGAGGUGAGAUCUGUUAAAGAAGCAGCAACCAGUAAAAAAAAAAGACUCGAGUGUAAGAAAUAAGGAGCAACGGAGAGAGGGGUGGAAGAAAAGCAACGAGAGGAAGAGAUAUAAAGUGCGACGAAGUGUGAGAACACGGAAAGGCGAAGGAUGGGCGUAAGAUCGGUCCCGAGAGGCUUCCCCGCGCGGGCAAAGACGCUUCUCGGUCGUUGUUGAGACGACGCGCGCGGGUCCCGAGUGUCGUCGAGGAAAGUGUCGCGAUAGAGAAAGAGAGAAAGAAAGAGAAAGAGAGAGAAAGGAAGAGAAAGGGAGAGAGAGAGAGAGAAGUAAGAGAAAGAGAGAGGGAGGAAGAAGAAUCGAGGUUUUCGGAACGUCGUGAGUUCACUACGACGACAACGUCGACGGCGAUAAAGAUCCAUCAUGGGGGUUUCGGUGUUCCUGCUGUACGCGGUGACGGUGCUCGGCGUGGCGGCCAGCGGCGACAAGUGCGCCGACGAGUGUUCGUGCAAGUGGAAGAGCGGCAAGCGCACGGUGGAGUGCGUGGAUCGCGGCCUGACCAGCAUACCGGAGUGGAUCGAUCCGGAGACCCAGGUGCUGGACAUGAGCGGCAAUGACAUCCGUCACCUGCCGAGCAACAUCUUCGUGCGCGUCCAACUGACGAAUCUGCAGCGUCUUUAUCUGCGUGAGUGCCGUAUCGACCGGAUCGACAGCGAGGCACUGGCCGGCCUGGCGAAUCUCGUGGAGCUCGACCUGAGCAGCAAUCUGCUGUCGACGGUGCCGAGCGCGAGCUUCACCGACACGCAGUUCCUGCGCGAGCUCGUCCUCGCGUACAAUCCGCUGAAGCAGAUACCCUCGAACGCGUUCAAGAGCACGCCGAAUCUGGUGAAGCUCGAUCUGUCGCACACGCAGCUGACCGAGAUCGAGUCGAAAGGUUUCCGCGGACUCGAGCUGCUCGAGAGCCUCAAGCUGAACAACAACCGACUGGAAAGAUUGCAACCGGGCACCUUCGAGCAGUUCAAGAAGCUCACCAGCAUCGAGCUGUACGACAAUCCGUGGGUGUGCGACUGCCAUCUGCGCGAGAUGAAGAUGUGGCUGGUGAAGCAUAAUCUGCCGACCCCCGUGGCGCCGCGGUGCCACGGUCCUCCGCAGCUGGUCGACCGUGCCUUCACCGACCUCGGCAUCGACGAUUUCGCCUGCCGGCCGGUCUUGCUGAUAGCCAGCCGCUACGCUGAAGCGACCAUCGGCGAGAACGCGAGCAUCGUGUGCCGCGUGAGCGCGAUACCGCCCGCGAAGAUCAAGUGGUACUGGAACAGCCGGCUGCUGACUAAUCACUCGGCCUUCAGCAGCUACCAGAAGAUCCUUAUCUUUGAGGAAGGACAAUUUAGGAAAAGAAGCACGCUGAUACUCACCAACGCCCAGGAGGCGGAUUCGAGCGAAUUCUAUUGCGUCGCCGAGAAUCGCGCCGGUAGCGUUGAAGCGAAUUUCACCCUACACGUGUCUCUGAGAACCGCGGGCAUGUCCACUCUGGGUUCCGGCCAGAUCGCGGGUAUAUCGGCCGCGCUGGUGGUGCUCAUCCUCUUCAUCCUACUGAUUAUCCUCGUGCUGUUUAUUCGUUUGCGACGGAUGCCGCUGAAGGAUGUAAAAUCGUCGGCACCGCUGGAAGCGGUGUCCGGCGAGGGCGCCGGUAACGGGACCGGCGGCGGCGAGAAUAAUCCGCCGUCCGCGACCUCGACCACCCGCAGGAAACACGAGGAGAUCGAGACGACGUCGUUCGCGCUAGAAUCGAAACCGCCCGCCUCGCUUCAUCUAAGCUACGUGCAGAGACCGCAGGCGGCCGUGAUGCAGGAGAACGAAUACGGCACGAUCAGCCGUUUCGACGAUCAGAGUCAGUCGGCGGUGGCGGCGAUACCGGGCGCCGGUUGUUUCUCGUCGACGACGUCUCUGAUGCCGAUCGACAAUCCGGAUCUCAUCCGGGACACACGGCGCGGCUCCACCGAGGACAUCACGCCGUACGGCGUGGCCGAUUACGGCCGCGUCGAGGCGAUCGACGACGCCGGCAAAAUGCUGUACUCCAGCUGCCUGUGGGAGGCCAGGGACACCUGCGGCAGGACGUCCGCGGUUACGGUAAACGCGUACCCGUCGAAGGAACAGCUCGCGGCGGUGGCGCCGGUUGUCGAGCAGUUCCCGCCUGGCGCGAAGCAGAUGCGAGUCUGGCAGAAGGGCGUCCCGGUGCUGCCGCCGGUCUCGGCGCUCAAGCGCGUCCUGGGAUCCACGCGCAGCUCGCCCGACGAGGGCUACCAGGAGGGCACCGGCACCGACGUCUAGGUACCGCUGCUUCAUUACUGCGACGCCCGGCACCGUUACCUGGAGCUACGUAGAAGGCACCAGGAGGACGAUACCGACUGCUGAAGAGAAAUAAGACGGAAAAAAAGAAACGGGAAAAGAAAAAAGAAAAAAUAGUCGUCCUCGCGAGUGCCGGGCGAGCAGUAGUGAACGGGAGACAAGACGUCUAUAGGACGAACGGACGAAUUUUCGACUGUGUGCCCGUGUCAGUGCGACGACGAUAUUGUCGUACGCGAGAAAGGGACACGCUCGGGCGACUCUCCGCCGUUGGACGAAAGCGUAUGCUAAAUAUGCUAAGCGUAUGCUAAGCGCAUUAUAACUCGCGAUCGUGUUCGUGUAACAGUGACCGACGGUACACGCGCGCGGUAUUAUUCCACGAUAUUAUGCGGUAUCAUCUAACUAGAUGCCAUCCGAAUCGGCAUCGUGAUAGUACUCUGCGAUAUUAGGAAGAUAUGUACACCGUCGCACGAGAUAGACACCGCUGAAGAACGAGCAACAUUGCCAUAAUUCAAGUACGUGAAUCGAGUCGCUAGGCAUGCAAUAAAAAUCGUCGAAUGUAGAUUGUUAUUUCGCGAGUCGAUUUUAAUUUGAAGACAAAAAGACUGGUGUAUCGCGGUCGCCCGAGAUCGUAUUUAUAUAUCACGGUACAUUUUUUUUUGUUCGGCGUCGAACUGACUGACUUGCACGGUUGAUUGUGCUUAGGGUCAUCGCGUGCGAUUAACAUGACCUUUGAGUUGCGCGCGUAGGCGAUACUGCAAAAACAGCACAAUCUUUUAAAGAGCGAGCCGCGGACGAACACCUGAUAACAGGCGUCGUAUGUGGUGGUGCGACUCUUCGAGGCAAUCGACUCAUCGUGCACGGCAAUUAACGACGUAGUCAAGGAUGUCUUGUGCGUGGUACAUGUAGUGCAACCAGCUGGCGGACGUUCGAUUCUGUUUAUUUGGAUAUGUGUGUGCACCUGUCGCAGGAGGUUGCCUCCAGUGAUCGAAAUCGACGUUGUUAACUUGUGCAGGAUACUCUGAGAGAAAUGGUCAGUAAUAUUCAGCACUGAAAAACGCUUUUAAAUUUUAAAAUAUCGCAGCUUUUUUAUUUUU